UCAGCCCCCGCGCUUGCUCCCUUUUUCCCUACUACCCCUGACGGUAGCUCUUCUCACUGGCUGCUCCGGACGGAAGCUCGCUGGGUGUUUCUCCAGAAGUUUCCCCCCCACCCCGGGCAGCUGCAGCGACAGCGCGAAGUAUGGCGGCAGCUAGACCUGCAACGGCAUCCGGGUUGUUCCCGCUCCUGUCGGACGGGCAGAUCGAUGAGGACCCCCAGGCGGCCGUCGAGGCACUGACAAGAGCACUGGAAGAAAAACCAGAUGAUGCAGAAUGUUACUGCCAAAGAGCUUAUGCCCACAUUCUUCUGAAGAAUUACUAUGAAGCUAUUAUAGAUGCAAAGAAGUCUCUUGGACUCAACCCACAUAAUUCCACUGCUCUGCUGAGAAAAGGGAUAGGUGAAUACCAUGAAAAAAACUAUGCUGCAGCUCUAGAGAGUUUCACAGAAGGAUAUAAAUUAGAUGAUACAGAUAAUACGUUCAGCAUCUGGAUUAAAAGAUGUCAAGAAACUACAAAUAAAGAAGUAUCAGAAACUGGAAUGAUUGUACAGCAGCAAACUCAACAAUCAAAAAUCAAGUAUGAUUGGUACCAAACAGAAUCACAAGUAAUCAUUACACUUAUGAUCAAGAAUGUUCAGAAGAAUAACAUAAAUGUGGAGUUUUCAGAAAAUGAGUUGUCUGCAGUGGUGAAACUUCCAUCUGGAGAGGACUAUAGUUUAAAGCUUUCACUUAUUCAUCCUAUAAUACCUGAACAGAGCAUCUUUAAAAUACUUUCAACAAAGGUUGAAAUAAAAAUGAAAAAGUCAGAGGCUGUAAGAUGGGAGAAGCUGGAGGGACAAAGAGAUGUAGCCAAACCCAAACAAUUCACACCAGAGUCAAAACACAUGUAUCCAUCAUCCUCUCAUUAUACAAGGAAUUGGGACAAAUUAGUUGGUGAGAUCAAGGAAGAAGAAAAGAAUGAAAAGUUAGAAGGAGAUGCAGCUUUAAACAAAUUAUUUCAGCAGAUCUAUUCAGAUGGUUCUGAUGAAGUGAAACGUGCCAUGAACAAAUCAUUUAUGGAGUCUGGAGGCACAGUUCUGAGUACCAACUGGUCUGAUGUAGGUAAAAGGAAAGUUGAUGUUAAUCCUCCUGAUGACAUGGAAUGGAAAAAGUUCUAAAUAAAUCAGUUUGCUAUCAGUGUAUUGAAUAUA